AUGGAGAUCCUAAGUACGGAAGACUGGAGGAAAGGCGCACAGCAACUGAGCCCGAGAGUGGUGGACAGGGGAGGAAAGCAGCAGCUCCAGGAGUCCCGCUACGAAUCUGAAGUGACGCUCGUGGACAGUGGCAGUGACACACGCGCCUGGCUGGCUCCGGUUCAGCCUUCUGGCACCUGUGCAGCACAGGUCACUUCACCCGACUACCUGCGGCACUCGCCAUGCCCGAGCACCGGCUCCUACCAGGAGACAGACUCUCCGGGGUCCUCAGGCCAUCCAAGCCCUACCAGUUACCGAAAACCUACGAAGAGCCCCUCCUCUUCUUCGCUCAAAGUCAGGGACCUGUGCCGUCUUAAAUGCACGGUCACUGGGCUCGCGGAAGAAGCAUCCACCAGACAGAGAGCCCAGUCCAGCAAACCGGCCAACGGGAUCCAGAGACAGAGGCGCGUGGCCGCCAACGCGCGCGAGAGGAGGCGAAUGCAUGGGCUUAACCACGCGUUUGACGAGCUGCGCAGCGUCAUCCCGGCGUUUGACAACGACAAAAAGCUCUCCAAAUAUGAAACUUUACAGAUGGCGCAGAUUUACAUCAACGCUCUAGCUGAGCUGCUCCAGAGUCCGGUCUCCACCAGCAACUGCAGCACCGACAACGACUCGCCAAAGUGUGACACUAUGCUUUCUUCCGCCGUCGGUUUAGACGGUGCGAAAGGCAGGGCUCCCCAGUCCCCUGCGAUCGGGACAGCUUGUGGAGAACGUGCGGCUGUGCCCGUCCCAGGUAGCAGCUUACCUGUCCACAUCAGCGGGAUGUCUUUCCGCUCCUCCUUCGAUGACGGUUCAUUUUCCGCCAUGGUUAAAGAAGCGAUGUGUUCGCCUUCUCCUUCAUCCUCCACUCGUGCAGGCGGUUCGCUCGCACCGGUCGGAGGUCGAAGGAAAGAAUCUCCCCGGAGCGAUGGAGAGUUUUCCCCGCAUUCCCACCUAAGUGACUCGGAUGAAAUAGCAAUGGAGCUCCACUCAAGUGAAGAAGAUGACCUUUCAGAACUCAAGCUCCCCAUCCACCGUCAUCACGCUAUUUCUCUUUAAGUAUUUUAAAAUAAAAAAAUAGACUCUUAUUCGUGAACAAAAUGAUCA